UACAUUUCAAUUAAACCCUAAAAAAAAAAUUAUCUUGUGAAUCUAUUAAAGCCGAUCUCUAAUCUCAUUUCCUACUAUUUAUAUAUAGGCUCUUUUGUAGCCUACUUCUACUAACCUUUUGUAUCCCUCACAAUCUCACAAGUGAAACAUAGAGAGAUAUAGCUGAAAGAUAAGCUAAAUGGCAGACACGACGUACACAAAGGUGUUUGUGGGAGGGUUAGCUUGGGAGACGGACAAGGAUACGAUGAAGAAACAUUUUGAGCAGUUUGGUGAGAUCUUGGAAGCUGUAGUCAUCACCGACAAGGCUUCCGGCAGAUCCAAGGGAUAUGGAUUCGUGACAUUCAAGGAAGCAGAGGCGGCGAGGAGGGCUUGUGUGGACGGUACUCCGGUGAUCGACGGAAGAAGAGCUAAUUGCAAUCUUGCCUCUCUUGGUCUUCAAAGAUCCAAACCCUCCACUCCUAACCAUGGAGGAAGGAUUAACAAUAUGAGAGUGAUGAUGAGCGGCACAAUGCAGACUGGUUUUGGACCACCACCUACUUUCACUCACUAUUCCCACCUCCCUCUCAAUCUCUUUGGGUACUCUCCAUACUCGUCAGAUUUCUCUCCAUUCCCUACGAACUUAUAUGGUGUAUACGGCUGCAAUUCCGCGGGACAAUACGGACUGUAUGGAAAUGGAAACGGCGUAAGCGGUGGACUAACCGCAGCUGCUGCAUCAGCCGCUCCUUUUUAUCCUUGCGGUGGAGGACAAGGUGGGGUCCAGUUCUCUCAGCCACAGCCAUUUUAUCACCAUUUCUCUGCUUAUGACAACCCUCACCAUUACUCUCCUGCCACCAUCUCUCUUCAACAAGGUGUAACAGGCUUUCCGCUUCAGCCACCUCUCAUUCCUUACCUUUGAUAGAGCUAUCAAAGCUAUCACAAUCGUCAUCAUCAAGUCACGAGUCAUCUAUGGUUUAUUGGAUACUCUCUGGCUAUCUCUCAACACUUUUUUCACUCUAAAAGCCACCUCAUAUUAUGGAAUUUGAGGUGGCUUUUAUUUGCGGAUCCCCAAUGGGGUCUCCAAUUUCAUAUGGUGGUUAUGUCGUAUUGUCAUCUCCUCCCCCUUUCUUGCAACUGCAUCUUCACGAGAGAAAAGGGUUCUCUCUAGGUAGAGUGAUCGAUGUUUGCUAAUGGAGCACAAGCAUCAAGCAUCACUCAUGUGCUCAACUCAAAGCUGAUGCAUGUAUCGGCUUAGUUUGUCAUGUUGUUUAGCCUAGGGAUGGCUAAUCAACAAAACAAAAAGAAAAAAAAAUGUCUGUUUAGGAUUAAUGUAAGAAAAUUAAGCACUAAAACCAUGUGCUGUUUGCAAGACUGAAAAAAUGAUUGCAUAUUUAAGCAGCUUUUUGUUGCAUGAACAUGUGAAGUCUUUUGCUUUAGGACUUAGGUAGUCAAGUCUUCUUCCCCCUGAAGGGGAGGAAUGUCUCAGAUUAUUUCUUACAGCUUAGGUCGUUAACCUUCUGUUCAUGACUGUCCAGAAGAUUAAUGUUUAGGAUUAAUAUAAGAAAACCAAGCACCCAAAUCAGGUGCUGUUUGAAAAACUGAAAAAUGAUCAACAUGUUUAAGCAUAAUAUCAGAACAAACAACCCUGGAAGCCUUUUUUGUUGCAUGAAUAUGUUAGUCUUUGCUUUAGGACUUAGGUCGUUGUCUUUGUGCCCUUGGAUGGGAGGAGUAAUGUCUCAGAUUAUGUUUCUUAAUACAAAAAUGCAUCAUCCAAAAUAUUCCAAAGUAUAUGUCCCUUAUAACUUUAUUUUGCUUUUCAACAGUAGAUUGAUUGAUCAAUGUACUCAUAUUUUCUUCUUGUUCUCAACAACCUUAAUGGCAAUGGAAGGCUGAACAAAUUAGUUAAUACAUUGUCUUCUUAGA